UGGGCGAGGGACGAACAUUUGGGAAGUGUCGUCUGCUACAGCGGCCUUGGGUGUGCGUGAACUCCCGGCGUUGUGUGAUUACGCCAAGAGACUGCUGUGCGUGCCGAAGGUACGUGAAUGUGAUAACGUUUGGCUGUCAUACACGCUGAGUAAACCCUUGUAUUUUACUAGCAAGCAAGUGCCAUUCAUGGACUGAGCAGGUUCAUAGCCUCGCACACAAUGGAGCUGGGGUUGUUUAUUUUAGAAUUAAACUAGAGUAGUUUCGCUAGAGACGUGCCUUACUGAUUCUAUUCGGCUUUUUAAAUAAUGUCCGGGCGUUCCAAGCUGAGUCACGGAACGAAACUUCGACAGGUGAUCGAGUUUGCAGUGUUCAUGAUGACCCGGAACAAUACGUUUCCUCCACUCAGUUGACCUGAGAGCGUACAACAGCAAUGAGGUAUAUCCCCCACCUGGGUCGAGAGGGACAAGGAGUGGUGUGCGUUUUGAGUCAUCGCAAGGAUCGUUUCUCGUACGUGUGAUAGUCCGGCCUCAGGACUAGCGACAGUGUGACAACGGUGAGCAUGCAACAUCCGAUGGGUGGCUGACAGAUAUCGUAAUUUCCGGUCCUAGAGGACUAGACUGGAAAUGGCCGAUGUGAUCGUGACAGAAAGCUGCCAGUCCAAGAGGUACAGUGAUGGGAGACGUGAUCACUGAAUAGUGGAGUUGCUGCCAGACAGAAAGUUUUCUACUGCGUUAGGGCGACGACCACCAUAACAAUGUUCAGCCGAGAACUGGGAGGGGUCUACUUCGCCUCCAGGCAACAUCUCCCUCCCUCACAACAUGACCCUGCUCCUGCAGCUCAGCCACGAGAUGGCGCUGCGUAUCCUUCCGGUCCUCGUCGUCCUCGGCAGCUUGAUGGUGAUCGGCACGGUCGGGAACGCGCUGGUCGUCUACAUCUUCGUGUGGCGCAUGAAAGUGACCAACCAGAACUACCUCUUCGCCUGGCUGGGCAUCUUAGACCUCAUCAGCUGCACCGUGGGCAUCCCGUCAGAAAUUGCCGACAUCUGCCUGUACUAUGCCUACGAGAACGUGGUGGCCUGCAAGAUCAUGCGCUUCUGUCUGACAGUGCCCCCGGUAGCCUCUGUCAGCGUUCUUUUGGUCAUCGCCGUGGACCGUUAUCGCCGCGUGUGCAAGCCCCUGCACGUGCAGCUGCAUAUGCAGCACGCCAAGGUGGGUGUGGCCAUCGCCCUAGUGAUAGCCCUCGUGUUCGCGCUGCCGGCACUCAGCAUCUAUGGCCGGCGCAGUAUUGACACCAGGAUCAAUGGCGUGAGCGGUUUCGACUGCUCCGUUCAGGACAAGUACCAAGGCCGCCUGUACCCGCUCCUGUACGAGAUGAUCUUCGGGGUGGCUUUCGUCUCCUACGCCACCUCCCUCGUUGUCAUGUACGGGCGGAUCUGGUGCGAGACGCGUCGCCACCGCCAGUACCUGGCACGCCACUCCUUCUCCAUGGCCCCCCUCUCCUCCUCACCCACCACCGGGGACCGGGACAGUGACUUGCCGCCAGACGACAACCUGCCCGAUGAGGCAGAUGACGAUCGCGGCCGCGACCGCAGUUCCUCCCAGGCGGAAGUGUACACCCGCAUCCGCAGGUCGCUGAGGGCCCAGAAGAUGACUGUCGUGGCACUGGCUGUCACACUCGUCUUCAUCCUAUCCUACCUGCCGCACCUGAGCUUGAUCAUGAUACGAACCACAAUCCAGCACUUCGACAGCGGCCUGUCCACCAGCGGCCUCGUGGCCUACAACAUCUUCCUGCGCUCCUACUUUGUCAACUCCGUGGCCAACGUAUUUGUCUACAGCUUCAUGAACAAGGAGUUCAAGGACCACUGUAAGGUCAUCGUCAAAAGGACCUUCGGCUGCUUCAGCCGCAGCAAUCCGGCGCAGCAGUCUUAUCGCACGUGAUGAUCGUGAAGCGCUUCGUGUGUGUGUGUGUGUUAAAGAUAAACCAUUGCCGUACUUACAACGGCCUGCAAGCUAUUGGCUUGUACUGAUAACCACACUCAUCAAUGUCAUUCUGAAUACUGAGUGUGUUAUUUCUCGUUGAGGUACUAGUCCGUAUAUACCAAAGAACGAAAACAUUGGAGUAACCUUAGACUGAUUUCGUGGUUUGAACAUUGAACAAAAAUUCUGCUCUAGACAGCAACGUGGGUGCGGCAAAACGAUUCAGGAAAAUGAACAUGGACAAAGAGACCUUUCAACGAUGAUGUGUUUUUGGCGAACACCACGUAUUUAGAAUUCACGAAGAAAAAAAAAUGCAAUUUUUUACCUACAAGCUUUUGCUAAAGAGGAUCUUUCUUGCGCAUGAAUAAACCAGAUUGUCUCAGAGACGACCUUAAGAAAGGUGUGUGUGCGUGUAUGUGUGUGUGUGGGGUCUCCUCGCCCAUUCUGCUGUGUAUGUCAACAUAUGUUAAUCUUCUUGUCACAGAACCUGAGAGAGAUUACAGUUAAUCAAAGACUGAGAACGUGUGAUAGUGUGGUACCACUGGGACAUCAUGCAAAGAAGGAAGCAAGUAUUAGUGACGAGGAAAUGCCGUGGGCGCCCGCAGUGUGCUCUAUCGUCAAACGACGACGCUGCUGACAGCCAUUUACUUCUGUUCUAGAUCGAUUAAUUGAUGAGAAGGUGGCGAGCGACAUUAAACAGUUUUUCGUAACUGAAGUAGGUGAACUACGCUUACAUACUGUAAACUUAUGGAUGACUUAGAAACAAAACUCAAUGCCGGAACGGACAAGCGUAAACUCUGAUCCAUCUUUAGUCAAGAUCUGAAGUUUUGGCCAGUCAGUACCUGAUGGACACUUGCUGUUGUUAUUAGAGUUCAUCAACUCUAAAAACAACGGCAAGAAUGCAUCAGGGGAGAUAACAUUUUAAGAGAUUUUUUUGGAUGUUGUAUGUUGUGUGUGAGUAUUAUUAUUAUUCUUAUUAUUUUGACCGUCAUGUACCUACUCGGUUACCUUAAGACUGACUGUGGUUCUGCGAAGUGGAGUUCUUUUUGCUGGACACUUACACGAUAUUUCUCAGUCUUUUGCUGUCAGUGCUAAUUAUCGUUAUGACUGCGCAAUCGUUAAUCGUUAAUAUGUGUUUAUUAUUUUAAAAAUAUGUGUGCCUACCUAUAAUUAUGAUCUCAUGUGGGCAUGGGCGACGGACGAGAAAUUAGAUGGCGUUUUUGACCGUCUUCAAACCCUUACACGGUGAAGGGUGUGUUUGAAUCGGUUGGCCUACAUUUCAAACUGCUAUCAGCAAGAUUGAUUUGAAGCUUAGAAGAGUAUUCGUUAUCGAGAGUGAAGAUAUGCUCUGAAGUUAAGAUUUAACUGUCUAAUGACAACGGAUGUAGCAUUUCUCUCUCAAGCACGCAAACGAACGAUUUAUACAAUAAAAUUUCGCGAUGGACAAUGACAAA